GCCAUUUUUACAUCUCAGAGAAUUAGAAUCAAUGGUACGUAAACAAUGCUUGAUGAAUCCAAGUUAGUUGUUUUCCAUUUCAAAAGGAAUGGCAGAUCACAAAAAUAUAAGCUCAAUGAUUCCCACAAAAAGCAAUAAGACCUUUUUUCAGCUAUUAACAUGGAGCCAACUUGGAACAUGAUUUCAAAAGCUGAAGAUUCUCAAUAUUCCACCUUUAUGCAUUGCUAUAUAGUGUCAUCAUCGGAGAUAAAAUACCCCACAUGACUCACAAUUUGAUAACUGAAGCCUCUUGAGUUGCAUGUAUAGGAAAAAGAGAUGAACAUGAAGCCAUUCAACAAAGUCCAAAUUCUCUAUUAUUUGUUCAUCUUCCAUACCACACUAUGUACUGCUAUAGAACAGCAUAACCAUACCAACUACUGCAAUGAUAGGAAAACUGAAUCACAUUUCAUGAAUCCAAAUUCUUCUAUUAUGUCCCUAUUAAGCAAGAUCACCAUAUGCAGAUCUCAGAAUCUCUUCUUGAGAACAUCUAUUGGACUUUUCCAAGUUUCUUCACUUGACUAUAAUGCUAGAUUACUAACCAUAUCUCAUCCUUGUUCUUCUUCUCUCCAUUAUAUUUCUCCUCUGGCUGUUACUGCAGGCUUUCAUUCUCCUCCAGAACCUAACUCACUGCUUCUUUUCAACUGUUCAAGCACAAUAGAUUCCAUUCCACCAUUUAUCCGAAAUGGCAAAGGCUUGUUACAUAACUGUGGACAUGCUGCUUCAACAUCUUCUAGGAUUCAAGAGCAAGAGAAAAAUCCAAAUUCAUGUUUAGUUAUUGAAGAUCUUCAAAAGCUUAACAAGGACUUUCAUCCUAAACAUUUGAACUGCUCUCAUUAUAGCUGGAUGCAUAAAAGCUCCUCAAAUGGCGAAGCUGAAGGGUAUGUGUUGGGAACAUGGAUGUCCUUUGAUGUGCCAAAUCAUGUGGAAGAUCUUUGUAAAGAGUGUGAAAAGCCCAAUGGGAACUGUGGUGUGGGGCUGAAGUGUUUAUGUCACGCAAAAGAGUGCAAAGACAAGAUCAUCUCAGAAAGUGGGUCCACGAAAUCUGUUGGUAAUAAUGUUCUUCUCUCUUUCCUUUCUUUCAUUGGUGUUGUUGCUUUCUUCAAGGAUGUAUAGGUAGCAUUUUUUAAGGAUGAAUGUCUUCUUGAUCAGCAAAACUUUGUUGCUAUAUAUGAUUAUGUUACUACGGUCGAAAGUCAUGAAUUGAAUAUAACCUGUACAACACUGUCAUAUAAUUAGAUCUCAAACACUUAAAAGAAGAUAUUCAAUUGAUCUUCAAGUAUGUCAACUCUAUUGUAAUGAAACAGAUCCUUAAUUUUUAUCACAUGGAAGGUUUUGCAUAAAGCAGCUAUUGUACUUAGGCAAAUCAGUAAUGAAUGACAUUUGAAAUUGUUGAUAGCAAACAAUAACAGAAGCAGAUUAAAGUGGUGAUAGUUUUUAUUAUUUGCACUGUUAUUGCCCAAUGUGAAGCAUAUAUCUGUCAGAAAUAACAAAGAUUGAGAUUUCAAGAGUAAUACAAGCAAAAACCUUCAAUUUCUGGGUGUACUCUGUAUAAGAAUUUGUGAAUCUGACUAUAAAGAAACAAUACUAUUUUUUGUUUUUGCUACGUUUUACCUAAGACUUGAAGCACAUAUAUUUUGGAUUGAAUGCAUAUCACUAGCCC